AUGUCAGAUAUUGCUGAGAAAACUCCAGAGAAAUAUCGGAAAGUGUCGCAACUUAUUAGAGCAGAGUUUAAUGACGUAAUUACGAAUAAGAGUCCACAGAAACUAGCAGUGCAAGAGAAAAUUCAUCUUUUUUACCAUAGCAUACCUUAUGGACAUAUGACUUGGAUCUGCAUUAGAAUAAGUAGAUAA